AUGAACACUGAAAACAUGAGCUACCAAGCUGGUCAGGCUAAGGCUGAAACCAAGGAGAAGGCUAGCUCCAUGGCAGACAAGGCUAGCUCAGCUGCCCAAUCAGCCAAGGAAUCCAUGGAGGAGGCUGGAGCACAAAUGCAAGCUAAGGCCCGAGACACUAUGGAUUCAAUGAAGGAUGCCACCGGAAUGAACAAAUGAAGCACCUAAUUAACUUUAUAUUAAGCACCUAAUUACAUUUAUAUUAAUCUAGUUACUUAGGGUGCGUUCUUUUCACCUUAAUAAGUGGACGAAGCUUGGAUAUGGCCAGCUUUUAUAGAAUUACAAUAACAGUAUUAUUAUUUUGUGGUAUUUUUUAGGGUUUUGUUUAUUUAUAUUCUAAAAAGGAGGUGCUUUGACCUCUAGAUGCUCAAUGUAAAAUAUAGUAAUACUCGAGUUCUUUGA